AUGUCGUCCACCAAAGACCUCAACAUUGUCGUCCUGGGCGCCUCUUGGGCCGGCCUGGGCGCCACCCACUACAUCAUGAAGCACGUCUUGCCCACGCUGCCCACGCGCAACGGCGAGAAGUACCACGUCUACCUGGUCAACCCCUCGGACGACUUCUUCUUCCGCAUCGCCGCUCCGCGCGCCGUCGCUUCCUCGCAGCUCAUGCCCACGUCCAAAUUCUUCUUCCCCAUUGGCCCCGGCCUCGAGCAGUACGACAGCAGCAAGCUGACCUUCCUUCUCGGCACCGCCGCCGAUUGGGACACCACCGCUCGCACCGUCACCGUGAAGUCCACCGACGGCAAAGAGCAGAGCCUCCCAUACCACGCCUUGAUCGUGGCCACGGGCACGCACUCGUCCAGCGCGCUGUGGAGCCUGCAGCACGGCGGCGGCGCCGAGGAGACGAAGAGCGCGCUCGCGGCAGCCGAGGCGCGGCUGAAGACGGCCAAGAGCAUCUUCAUCGGCGGCGGCGGGCCCGUGGGCGUCGAGACGGCGGGCGAGAUCGGCGAGGUGCUCAACGGCAGCCCCGGCUGGUUCGCCUCGGGCCCGCCCAAGAACCAGAAAGCCCUCAUCACCGUGUCGACCGACAAGGAGAAGAUCCUGCCCGCGCUGCGGCCCGCCAUCGCGGAGAAGGCAGAGCGCUUCCUCGCCCGCGUCGGCGUCGCCGUCAAGAAGAACGCGCGCGUCGAGAGCGCCGAGCCGAACAAGGACGGCACCACCACCGUCACCCUCAGCACCGGCGAAUCCCUCACCGUCGACGUCUACAUCAACGCCACUGGCGUCACGCCCAACACGGACUUUGUCCCCAAGAAUCUGCUCAACGAGAAGGGAUACAUCCAGACCAACGGCGCCACCCUCCGCGUCGACGAGGCCGGCCCGCGCGUCUUCGCGCUGGGCGACGUCGGCACCUACACCCGCGGCGGCGUCAUGGACCUAGACUCGUCGACCCCCGUCGUCAUGACCAACCUCUCCCGCGACCUCCACGCCUUCGCCGAGGCCGGUGGCGAGAAGCUCGACGCCAAGGCUGAGGGCGCCGACCGCGAAUACAAGCCCAACCUGAAGGAGACGCAGCUUGUGCCCAUCGGCCAGAGCAAGGGCGUCGGCUCCGUGUUCGGCUGGAAGCUGCCCAGCUUCAUGGUUUGGUUGAUCAAGGGCAGGGAGUACUUCACCAACACGGGCCCCGCGUUGGUGGACGGUACUAAGUGGAAGAAGGCGAGCGGCUGGAAGGCCAAGGAGGUGUAG